AUGGCGUCGGCCGUGCAUUUACCAUGCGACCGCAAACAGACGCGCCGGAUGCGCCAUCGCGCCGCGAGGCAGAUCACUAACGUGCUGGAAGUGUGUCUCAACUCGACCCGCACGAAGGAGCAGUGGUCGCGAUUACGUCGCGAGAAGCACGAGGAGCUGUACGCCAAGAGCACCAAACGAGGAGUGACGAACGACGGCCCGUCCGUCGAUUACUUGGCUGUCAACGAGGCGUCGUGCGGGUUCGAAGAAGCGGUUGCUCUCUUGCACUUCGACUCGACCGCUCGAUUUCGACUCCUGAUGAAGCUCUUGCACGGUCGCGACUUCAAAGAUGGGGCGUUGAUGGCGAUAGGCACAGACGACCAGCUCGCGCUCGACGGGUUGGCCGCCGACACGCAGCACGCAGCGAUUCGGUUCACCUAUCGGGACCACCGCAAGUCCGUACUCCUGCGGGACCAGCACCUGACGUUUUUCCAGACGCUCAAAGUGUUGCUCCCCGACACGCUGCCGGAACACGAACGCGACUACCGCAAUGCUGCCGCUUCCUUGUCAGCAACUGCACUACCUUUGACUGGGCCAAGUGCACGUCCGAACGGCGGAGUGCACAAACGGACGGUCGCCCUGAGCUGGCUGCCAUUCCCUCGCUCGCACGGUGCGAGUCAGCAGGAACCAGCGCGACGGGUCGACUUGCAGUACACGUUGAUCGUCGAGGAGAUAGCUGUGCAUUGA